UUGAUGUUAUAUAAAGCGCAAAUUCGUACAGAAUUUUAUCUAACGGGUAAAAUAUCGAUUAUCAGAGGAUAUAACAACAAGAGAAGAUAGACAAAAUAUUUCAAAAUGCAAGCUGGUAAAACAUUCUUUAGUACUGAUGUCCCCAGCUUGGUUCUUCGAAGCUUGUUUAACAAAUAUGAUGUGAACGGUAGCGGCUAUCUAGAGGAGAAGGAAGUGAGAUAUUUGCUCCAAGUUGAUUUAGGGAUGAACCCCGACCAAACAGAGCUCUACUCGUUGCUGCUUGACGAAGAUGGGGAUAAUUUGAUCAGCUUUGAAGAAUUCGUGAAAUGGCUGAGAAGUGAAGAAAAGUUUAAAAACAUCGAUGAUUCGUCCAGGUAUGUCAUACUUUGCGAAGCUGUUGGGUUUUUCAAGAGAUUUGAUGUGAGCGCGACAAAUUCGUUGGACAGAAGUGAAUUCAAGAUGAUGAUGGACUCGAUGGGCCAUAAAAACCAAGAUGAUAUCGACAGAACAUUCAAACUCAUCGACACUCAUGUGAAUGGACGUAUAUCAUUCAGGGAGUUUUUGCAAUGGUUGAACUGGCUGCCAGUGAUGUGACGCAAGCGCAGCUACAAGCUACAGCAUAACCCUGAGUACUAGAGUCAUCCAGUGUCGAGUCCCCAGAGUGUGAGACUGAGAGACGUAGGGUGCUACACCAUGGAACACAGAUAUUAUUACCACAGGUAGCCCAAGCUCUUUCUUUGUCCCUAUCGACUUUACGGUAAACAUAGGGCGAAAAUCAAAAUUAGUGAAAAAUAAAAAAAAACAACUUGCUGAAAAGACAUGUGUAGUCUAGUGUUGUGUUUAUGUUUACAUUUUGCGAAGUUCGUUUAAAAUUUAAAAUCGUGAAUCUUGAAAAAGGCGCUUUAAUACGACCAAAGAACACGCAAAAUGUUGGGCUACCUGUGUUAUUACUAGUGUCGUGGUGACUAGCUUUAAAAAAUGUUUAUCAAUCAUGCUUUGUUACUAUUUAUACGGUCUAUUUGCAACAAAACAAAUAUAAAAUCUGAAAAUAAA